GCUAUGUGUCAGCAUUGAUGUGACAGACGGAUAUGGCGUGGAGUAACUUUAAUGGUACUGGUUUCAGUGGUCUGAUUUGAGUCAGGGUGGGAGGAAUUUUGUAUUGUUAAGAUGGACUUCUGUCAUGGAUUAUAAGCAGGAGACGUUAGUUGUAUGCUAACACUUUUUCUUCGGAGCUGUAGAGAGGAUUUAAAACGAUCAGAGGUGGGAAAUGUUUGAGAAUUUCAGAGAGAGACUGCAGAGCGUGCAGCAGGACUUCACAUCAGGAAUUAAGACCUUGAGUGACAAGUCCAAGGAGGCCAAAGUGAAGAAGAAACAGAGAAGAGAAGACCAUCUUCCUCAGUAUUCCGCUGGACUGGAUUUGUUGAAUCGAUAUGAGGAAACCUGGGUGACGCUGCACAAACGAACCAAAGAAUGUGCCAAAGCUGCAGAGGUGGUGGAUGGAGAAGUGGUGAUGCUGUCAGCUCACUGGGAGAGGAGAAGAGGAGCCCUGCUCGAGCUGCAGGAACAGUUACAGCAGAUCCCAGCCUUCCUUACAGACCUGGAGUCCAUCACUGCACGAGUCGCUCAGCUCGAGUCCAACUUUGAGGAGAUGGAGAGUCAUCUGAUGUACUUGGAGAAUCUUUGUGGUCAGUGUGAGCUGCAACGCUUCAAGCACUUUCAGAUUCUACAGCUGGAGAACUACAAAAAAAAGAAGAGGAAAGAACUGGAAUCUAUUAAAGCCGAGUUGGAUGCUGAACACGCCCAGAAGGUCUUGGAGAUGGAACAUGCACAGCAGGCGAAGCUAAAGGAGAGACAGAAGUAUUUCGAAGAGGCAUUUCAACAAGACAUGGAGCAAUAUCUGUCGACUGGCUACUUACAAAUCACUGACCGGAGAGCAUGUCCAAUAGGCAGCAUGUCCUCGAUGGAGGUGAAUGUGGAUAUGUUGGAGCAGAUGGAUCUUACAGAUGUGUCUGAUCAUGAGGCUUUGGAUGUUUUCCUCAACUCUGGUGGUGAUGAGAACAGUUCCAUUUCUGCUCUCAGAGAUGCUGAAAUCAGCCUGAAGGUUCCAAGCCACACAGAACUGAGACAGAAUGUCUCCUCCGUCUCGUCAUCCUGCACAGACUCAUUCAGUGGUGUUACCGAGGGACCGGACGAGGAGGAGGACGACGAUGGCAGCAGCGACGAAAGCAGUGACACUGGCCGCUCGCCCCUGGUUCAGUGUGAUGAGGAGGAGGUGCAGGCUGACACGACUCUUGUGGGCCUCCUAGACAAUGAGGAGGGACUCAAAAUCUCAGACGACAGCGACACAGGCACCCUAUUGCCCUCAGAGGAAAGACAAAAGGAGUAAAACUCUGCUCAAACUGCUGAACCAGAGCUGCAAAGGUCUGAACUUGAGUUGGAGCUUUGAGGUGCUCUGAUUGUCUCGCUAUAGAGAACAAUCUUCCUGCCUUGUUUGUUUGUUUUUUUUCAGCACUGUGACUUUGCUUAAGAAAUACUCUGCAUUCUUUCACACUUUUAAGUAUUAUGCCAAAAUCCUGCAUCAACUCAAAGAAAUAAACCUCUAUGUAUCUAUUAUUAUUAUUAUUAUUAUUAUUAUUAUUCACACAGAGAUGUGAACGUUUGAGCUCAUCUUUGCACUCAUUUCACAAAUGUCAAAUGCAGAUGAAGGCAUUCAGGACUUUGACGAGCUCCGAGCACAUACUUUCUUGUGUUUCUGAGCUCUUGAAUAAAAUAGUUCAGUGUUGAGAUGAUUAGUGUCGAGUGCAAAGGCUUUGUACAGCACUGUAGGACUCUGGAAAGAGUUGUGAAGAAAUAAAUGAGAACUAACAGCUA